AUGCCGUCCAUAUUAUACAUUAUAUCUUUAAUUAUAUUCCUAUCAUGGAGUAGUGUCAUCAUUGUCUCUGCAGAAUAUUGGUGUUAUGACACAGAUAAUCCCUUUGACCAAGAUAGAGAGCCAGUUAGGUGUCCUUCCGUGACCGAAACACCGAAUAGCAAAUUUUUUAAUGUUGGGGUUAAGCCAGGUGUUUCGACCAACAUGUUUGAUAUAACAUUCACUUGUGACCCAUUAACUAAUGCAACAACUUGUGAUAAAGCAAAAAAAUCAUUUGAGAAAGCAGGAGAAAUAUUUACCAGCGUUUUACUACUGAAAACUCCAAUACGAAUAAAUGCUAGCCUAGUACUAUUGUCUGAUAACACAAUUUUAGGAUCAGCGGCACCGGCUCGAAUAAUUCCAUUGAAAUGUAAAGAUAAUAAAAUCCGAAAUUUUCCACAAUCUUUAGUCAAACAAUUUCAAUUCUCUACACAUCCAGAAUAUGCUACCGAUGAUAUUGUUGCUGUAUUCAAUUCUGGCUCAGAUUUUUAUUUCGAAGACGAUCCAAUAGUCAAUCCUCAACAGAUAGGAUUUCUAGAAUUAAUAGUACAUGAAAUUGUUCAUGGUCUAGGACUUAUAACAAGUUGGAAGCCCCUUUCAAAUUCUAAUAUAACCACUGAAUUAGUUCCAAGAUUAAACAUAACAUUGGAUAUUGAUCCAACUAAGCCUGUAACAUAUUAUGGAUUUGUUGAAACUAUUUUUGACGCAUUUUUAGUAACAUCUGAAGGAGAUAAAUUUACAAAUUUUACUGAUCAAUUAAACAAGUUUACUCCGUUCGGAACAAAAUUCCAAACUCAACAGGCUUUUAUGAAUUCUUUUAUUAAUUCAACACAAUAUAAUAUAGCAAAAAAGGUGUUGAACUAUUCACAAACACCAUACUCUAUGGUAUUUUUAGCAAAUCCUCAUUCUGAAUUAAUAUGGUUGGAAACUGGCUUGAAUCCAUAUGUGAAAGGAAGUAGUAUAUCACAUUUUAAUCUACAAAUUUAUGAUAAUACGACCGAUUUUUUAAUGACUUAUCUGCAAAACCCUGGUCGAUCUUUGGAAACUUCUAUGAAACAAAACAAUGCAACUAGUGCAAUUGGUCCGAAAUUACUAUUAUUACUUGAAACUAUAGGUUAUGCAACACCUAGCAAUCCAAACCCUGAAAUACCGUCACCAAUAAAUCCCCCUCCAACAAAUAUAACAAAGACGUCGAAUGAUUAUAACAUCAGUAGUUCCAGUAGUUCUAGUAGUUCCAGUAGUUCACCUAACAUAUCACAACCUACUCAUUCCAACACAUUAUCUAAUACCGGAUGUGUUAUAACCAAUAAUUAUGGAUGGAUAAAUCUAGUAGUUAGUUUGAGUAUUGGUGGAUGGUUUUUUUUGCAAGUAGAAGAGAAAAAAUAUAGGGAUAAAGUAACUGCUACAUCACGAACUUUACAUCCGUAUCCAAAAAUAAAAUCUUCAAAUGUAAAAAAACAAAUUAAACCACCACCUUAUCAUCCUGAUGAUUAUAUUCUAUUAGUCGGAGAAGCGGAAUCAAUUCUUCAUACUGGUCAUAAAAUAAUUGCAACAUCAUAUGAUACCAAAGAAAUAUUGACAAAAAAAUAUGAGGAUGCACAAUCAAAUAUAAAUAUAUUUAUUGAAUGUGGUGGUCAAGUUUUAUAUCAAGUUGAUGCAACAAAAUUGGAGAAUUGUAAAGAAUUAAAAAAUAAAAGAUUUGAUAAGAUUGUUUUUAAUUUUCCUCAUGCGGGUAUAGGAAUAAAAGAUCAGGAUCGUAACAUUAUUGCAAACCAACGUUUAAUUCUUUCUUUUCUCGCUUCUUCCUCGGCUUUUCUAACCUCUCAGAAUCUUUAUUCUGAUGAUAAAGAUGGUGAAAUUCAUAUCACAAUGAAAACAGGAAUGCCUUAUGAUCAUUGGAAUAUUCGUAAAUUGGUUAAAUCUAUAGAAAGUCUUGGAAUUAAAGAGAGUUUUGAGUUUGAUCCAAGUCAUUAUCCAGGGUAUGAACAUCGAAGAACUUUGGGAUUUAAGGAAGGUGUUAGUAAAAAAGAUAAUGAAGAAAUUUUGGAAAAACAACCAAGAACUUUUGUUAUUGUCAUGAAAGAAAUCUAA